AUGCAACUGAAGGUGAAAUUGUUGAAAGAAGACAGCAAGAGCGACAAAGACUAUGAGAAAAUAGACUUCAUGAAAACGAGGAAGAUGCAAAUUCAAGGCGUCAACAAGAUCGCAUUCGAACUCGAGAAAGUCGAGCAAAUGCGUCUGAAAUUCAAGCUCAACUUCGAAGAAACACUGACGCACGUCGAAGAGCCUCUGCAUGAGCUGCUUUCAGCAAUCAACUUUCUCUGGAAUGGUGAAACAUCUUCUAUGUGCUGUAGUGGUGGAAAAAUUCGACUUGCUCCAUUUACCCCUUUGCCCGAUCAAUUGGUUUUGUUGUGGUCAAAUCCGGCUUUUAUGAAGAAAAUUCGUGCGUGGCAACCAGUGGCAUUGCAGCUUAUGGGAGGUCGAACUGCGCACUCUACAUUCAAGCUCAGUUUGGAUCUCAAUGCAACUUCCACAUGCAACAUUCCAGUUCAAUCACAACGAGCUGAAUUGUUACGCAAUACAGACUUGAUUGUGUGGGAUGAAGCACCUAUGAUGAUCAAGUACGGUUUUGAAGCUCUUGACAAGUCGCUCAAAGAUAUCAUGGGCAACGACAAAGUCUUUGGUGGCAAGACAGUUGUGUUGGCUGGCGAUUUCCGACAAAUUCUUCCAGUGGUUCCCAAGGCAACUGCAGCCCAAAUUGUCGAUUCGUGCGUCAAACGUUCAUAUCUUUGGAAACACUUUACUACAUUUCGACUUAAAACUAAUAUGCGUGUACAAAAUGCUGUGGACUCGGCAAGUGCCACUGAAAUUGAAGACUUUGCUAAUUUUCUGUUGCGUGUUGGUGAUGGAAAAUCAAAUGACUGUGAAGAUUGUGGUCAAAGAUUUGUCAAAAUCCCCAAAGAUAUGGUCAUUCCGUGGCAACCAAGAACAAAUACACUUCAAACUUUGAUCCAUGAAGUGUACGAUAAUGCCGAAGAACAUUAUCUUAAUGAUGGCUACUUUUCGGACAAAGUCAUCCUGACUCCACUCAACACUGAUGUCCAUGACAUCAACAACAAGAUUGUGGAUAUCCUGCCUGGCGAAGAGCAAGAAUACUUAUCGAUUGAUUCUGUUGAAGAUUCUGAAGGCUUGGAUGCAUCUCUAUAUCCUGUUGAAUUUCUCAACACACUUGCUAUUUCUGGGAUGCCACCUCAUAAAUUGCGUCUCAAAGUUGGCUCUCCAAUUAUUCUGCUGCGUAAUAUCAAUGGACAUGAAGGACUUUGCAAUGGCACACGACUUCAAGUCCGACAACUCAAGCGAAAUUGCUUGCUGGCUUCGAUCCUCACUGGAGCCCACAAAGGCAAACUUAUUGCCAUUCCACGUACUCCUUUGGUUAUGAAAGAUUGUGGACUGCCAUUUGAACUUUGAUGACGCCAAUUUCCAGUACAACUGGCCUUUGCAAUGACCAUUAACAAGGGUCAAGGUCAAACAGUUCAAGAGGUUGGUGUUUACCUACCCCAACCAGUAUUUGCUCAUGGUCAAUUGUAUGUUGCCUUAUCUCGAGCAACUUCAAGAAAGAAGAUCAAGCUCUUAGUUGGAGAAGAUUGCCACGAGGAUCAAGAUGGUCUUUGCAUCAAUAAUGUAGUGUACCCAGGGGAGUACUGA